AUGGAAGGAGCCUACCUGUCUAUUGCCGCGCAGCUAAUCAGCCCACCUAAGGGUUAUAGCUGCGCCUACUGUGGGCAAUUCUUCGAGGUAACCUGCGCGGACGUCCAAAUCGAUCUAAAGGCAGAGGAAACAGUCUCUCUAAAAACCCCUGCCGCUAUUAUCCGGGCCCGGGUCGAGCAGGCUUUGCAGGAGGGCCAGGCCGCUGCGGAACGGGCCGAUGGCCAGGUACUGACAAUUGACCCGCAUCCGACUGCCGUCUCUCCCUGGCUGGAGCUAACCCGCUGGCCCCAAUACCUCCAAGGGCAGGAUCUGACCGCAGUAGCUCUGCUAGGCGAUCUGCCUGAUACGACUGAGCCCUUGCUCGAGCAGUUUACCGCUAGCGUCCAGCGACUGAUGAUGAGCGAUAGCUCUCCUAGCGCCGCAAGCCAUAGCAGGCUCCAACAACUGAUCGAUCAGGCCUACCACGCGAUCAAGGAGGGCCGGAUCAACGAAUUCGACCAGAUUCAGAUCAAUACCUUCUUCCGCCGACCGGGGAUCUGGAACCGGCCGAUCCAGAUCCAUCUCCGGCCAGCUACCUACCGCCGGUACUGCCAGGUCUGGCAGCGCCUAGUCUGUUUUGCCCAUCGUAGCAGCCGGACUGAUCAGCCGAUUGCGCUCCGCCACCAGCUGAAUACUGCCCAGUUUGCCGCGCUUGAUCAGAUGGAGAUCUACGGCCAGCAACUAGUUGAUCUACCGAGCCAGGAACAAGAUCUAGAACCGUCGCAGCGCGCCAAUGAGCAGAAGCAGGCCGAGGAACUGCUGAUAAGGCGGGACCUCUUUGAAAGUACCCUAGUCGGGUUUCUCGCGGUUUUAGGGAUUGAUACGAAGCAGCAGACCUUCUUAAAACCCUACAGCUACACCAGCUAUCUGUCCGGACUGGUUAAAAUGGCUCAGAUGCUGGUUGCUCUGCAGGCAGUCUAUCAAGCAGAGGCUGGCCGGGUAACCCAUCCGGCCGACGCCCUGGAUGAGAUGCGGGAGCGGUUUUUAAUCUUCGGGGUCCGCGCCCCGUUCGGCUGGAUUACCCGACUCCGGGCCUACGGGAAGAAGGUCCAGAACAGUACCACCGGCAUGGGUUAUAUUUACUGGAGCGACGAUGAUCAGACGCUCAGCUACAAAGAGCUACAGCUUAGUAUGUCGGGAUUCUGGCAGUUUAUCGCAAAGCAAGUCCAGUUGGCCCAGAUUCAGCUAGAGGGGCUUUUUCUGCUGCACGACGAGGAAAUACGCGAGACGAUCCGGGGAUGGAACUUUCUCAAGGAUCCCCGAACGCGGGCAGCGUUAUCGACUACUGGCGAACGGUGGCUGCUCGACCGAGUCCUUGAGACAAGCUGGCUGCGGGAUGAAUUCCUCGAACUGCGCCGGAUCGGUCAAGAAGAUCAUGUUCUCUGGCGGGAGAGAAUCGUGACCCGUUACCAGCAGAAUAUCGAGAAGUUUCUCGAGCGGCUUCUUCUGCUCGUCCAUAUGACUGGCGGCCAACCGGACCGGGCAACUGAGCUGCUUAGCCUCUGCCAUAGCAAUACCAAACAUGGCCGCCAUCGGAGUAUCUUUAUCGAACAUGGACUGGUCAGUACGGUUACCAGCUACCACAAAGGCUAUUCGAUCAAUAAUACUACCAAGAUCAUCCAUCGUUAUCUCCCGAAGGCGGUCAGUGAGCUCGUGGUCUACUAUCUCUGGCUAGUCCUCCCCUUUAGCCAGGCGCUCGAGCGGCUCGUCCGGAACCACCGCCAGUCUGGCUCACCCUAUCUCUGGCCUGCGGGGGAGGGUACAUGGGCCAGUGAGCGGCUGCGGAAGGUGCUGCAGCAGGAGGCCCAGAUCUACCUAAAGACAAAGCUCAAUAUUAUGUCCUAUCGGCAUGCAGCGAUCGCCAUUUCACGCGUCCACCUGAAAGGUAGUAGAUUUAAACGAGACUACGGGACGGAUGACGCGCCGUUUGAUCAACAGGAAGCCCCAGGACAUAUCGAGGCACGGCGGCGGCAGUAUCGGGCAGUCAGCCGGGAGUGGCAUAAAUUCCUUGGCUUUGAGGUCUAUCUUGGGCCGCGGAAACGGCGUGCCGAAGAUGAUUUGGAGGGUACCAGACCGAAACAGGCAUGUAUUACUAUUGAGAUGGACGACGAUUAG